CCCGGACUCUGGCACAGUCCAUGUGGGCUCGCGGGGCGGGGCGCCCUGUGCUGGAGCCGGCGGGAGGCGGGUAGUAGCUCGCUAUCCCCCUCCGCGCUGGGGCUAAUGUUGGACUCGCCGCUCCUCCCCGCGGUAGCGCCCGCGCCCCCGCCCCCGCCGUGGUCGGGCCCGCGGCGCUGGCCGGGGCUGCGCUGAGACGGGCUGAUGGAGCCGCCUGCCGCUGCUGGUUUCAGGCUGAUCAAAGAAGAUACAGAAGGUGAUUAUGAACCAGGUUCUAGUCUGAUUAGAGAAGAAGAAACAGAAGAUGAUGUUGAACAAGGUUUCAGUCUCUUCGAUGAAGAGGAAGAAUCUCAGACGGAAGAAGAUGGUGAACAGUUAAUGAAAUUGACUGAAGAUGACAUUAGCAGUAAUAAGCUCAUACUUACAAGUGGCAUUCAGGAAUGGCCAGAUGGUUCCAGUUACAAAGGGGAAUUUGGGUUUGAUCUAAAGCUUGGUUAUGGAGAAUUCUCAUGGGUCAAUGGUGAGAGGUAUGUGGGGCAGUUUUACAAGGACCAUCGCCAUGGCAAAGGGACGUACUUUUGGCCCGAGAGUUCCAAAUUUACCGGGUCAUUUUAUCUUAGCCAUAAAGAAGGAUAUGGGACCAUGGAAUUCAAGGAUGGCAGAAACUAUCAGGGACUAUACAAGGCUGAUGACCGGUUUGGACCAGGAGUUCAGAGCUAUCCAGAUGGCUGUCAAGAUGUUGGCUUGUGGCUCAGAAAUCACAUAAUUAAACUGUGUAUUGAAAUACCUGGACAUUUUUGUCUCUCGGAUUACCCAGAAUACUACCGCUAUUUUGAUGCUGAUUCCCAGAGAGAGUGUCUUUCUGAUGAGGAGAUGCCAUUUUGGGAUCUGAAUGAGGAACAGGACCCGUUUUUCUACAACUACAAACUUCUCCUUUUAGAUGACAGUUACACAUUGCCUGAAAAAAUGUACAUCUAUUCAACUGAUACAGAUCACCUUCCCCUGACUCACACCUUCCGUAAAGAGUUUGAUUCCCAAUAUUUUCAGAACAACAAAAAGUUGUAUGAUGAAGAACCGUGCCCUGUUAAAAACACAAGCCCUUUAAUGGUUAGAAUGCAGCAGCACAUCUAUAAAUACAGGCAUUGUCAAACAGAGAUCAGUUGGGAUAUCAACAUCAUUUUGAAUGGAAGCCGAGACACCUUUGGACCCAAGGGCCCCAAAGAGCUUGCUUCGGAGCAGCUGAUUCAAAGGGCAGCAGCAGGAGACUUCAAUAGAACUUAUGAGAUUCUGAGGGACAGCUUAGCUCAUCCAGAUGUAGCUGACACGCAUGGAUACACUGCACUUGCUGCUGCUGCUCUGAAUUACCAUGAUGACAUCGUUAAUCUUCUUCUUGAUAAUGGAGCUGAUGUGAAUAAAUGCAGCGAUGAAGGAUUAUCAGCGCUAUCCAUAUGCAUUAUUCUUUAUUACCCAAUAGAAUCAUUUAAGGCUAAUGUUGCUGAGAGGAACUUUAAAAAAGACGAGGACGAGCAGUUGGAAGAUGGAUCUGCACCACUUCCAUUGGCACCGGCAAAACAGAAAUGCUUAACCAGGCCUGUUCGUCAGUCAGCUGUGGUACCUCCUAUGCCUGGGGAAAAGGCUGAGUCCGUUUCUGAUGAUAGAAACGCAUUGGAUGAAACGGACCUUGCAAGUUUAGAAAAGAGGACUGGCUCCAGCACUGAAACCAAUUUUGAGUCGAACUGUACUGUUUUCAACUAUGGAAUCAAGGUUUCUCUAAAAGCUUUGCAGCAGAGUGCAGAUGCCUUCAGCCAGUGUUUGCUGAGAGUACCCUCCUAUGUCAAUGGACAUAGUGGGGCUGACAGCACCAUGAGAAAAAUGGCGUUAUCAAUAUCUGAACACCGAAAGAGAUGGACCACGGUCAAACUGCUUCUCCACAGAGGUGCAGACCCCAAUGUUUGCAGGAUCCCUCUGCAUGUCCUAUUCUUUGCUGUUAAAGCUGCCGAUGUAGAAGCAGUGAAACUACUAUUAGCAGCAGGAGCAAGGACUGACAUACGACUUCCAUCCAGGCUGGGGGGUUUAAUGCCUCUUCAUAUUGCUGUGGCCAUUCCUGGUGAAGAAGGGGUCAAGAUAACGGAAUUAAUCCUUCAUUCAGCUACAGAUCCCGAUGCAAGGGCAGGAGACAAAGAUGAUGUAUAUGCACCAGACUGGAAUGAGCCUGCCGAAUCACCAGUUAUUAUUGCCAUGAAACUUAAUAAUGAAACUGGACCUCCUAGUGAAUACUACUCAUCUUCUAGUCUUGUCCCAGAGGAAGGUGGGAGGACUCCUUUGCAUAUUGCCUGUGAGAGAGAGGAUAACCCCAAGCAUGUCAGAGAUGUUGUCCACCUCCUCUUAACUCAUAAGGCAAAUCCUAACAUCUUGUGGAGUGGCCAUUCACCACUUUCCCUGGCAAUUGCAAGUGGGAAUGACUUGGCAGUGACGGAACUCUUAGCGUACGGAGCUGACCCCAAUCUUCCAUUAAGCAACGGUAUAGGUAGUGCCCUUUGUGCUGCUGUCAACACUACAUAUGAACAGAAGAGGACCAUAGCAAACAGGAUUUUAUUGAUUGAUAAACUAAUUGAGGCUGGUGCAGAUAUGUUGAUGCCAAUUACUCUUAACCAAGGGAGGAGAACUGCAGUGGGAACUGUAGUAGACUAUGCAUACUAUAAAUACUUUCAGGAUAAGAAGAUAGCACAUACUCCAUACCACGCAUUAUUGCCACCGGAACGGGAAAUUUUCAAUGCGCGCAGGGAGCUGCUAGAGUACAUUAGUGACCGGCUUCGCGAGCGUGUUGUCUUGAAAGAGAGAGAAUGGGAUAGAGAAGAACUUCAGAAAUCCAGGAAAUUAGAGGCAAGUCCUCGUGUUCUCUCAUCUAGAAGAAAACGUGUGGACAAGCGUGCUGCAAUAAUGCUAUCACAGAAGGAAGUGAGACAGCCCUUCUUUAAAUACUGCUACCAGUGUGGGCGGGCUAUAGGGAUUCGACUCACUCUUUGCACACGCUGUUAUGAGAUCUUCACUUGCAGCAAGGCUUGUAAAGUCAAAGCCUGGAAUGAGCGUCACAGGUGCGAGUGCUUUGGAGCUACAGGUGUUCUUCAUAUCCGAUCUUUAAGCUGUCGUUACAUUGCUGUGUGCUGUUUCUGCAUUUCAUUCUACAGAUGGCAGUUACAUUUCUUUUGGUGUAUACACUUGUUUGUAUAUGCCUGUGCUAUAUAUAAAAUGUGCAUGUGUUUGUAGAUGCUUUAGAAACCCUGGGGAUAAAGGAAUAUGGAAGUGUAUAAAAUGCUAUAUCAUUACUGCCACUGCUUCAGUGCAUAUGGAAGAAGAAGGAAAUGCAGGAAAGAACCCCAGUUGCAGUGCACAUCCCAAACCAUCACAUGGCAAUGAAAACUAUCAAAUAAUGUGGUAGGCGCUAGUUGAAAAAUCAAUACAACACAUUAAAGAAAAAGAUAUUAAAGUUUCCGAAUAAGAUCUUGACUACAAGAAAACUAAGUUCUUGAUCAAGGUGAUGCUGACCUUGCUAGAAUAUGGUCAUUUUUUUUGCUCUUUCAUCAUGCUGACCAGCCUACUGUUGCAUAUUGACCACAGCAAACAAGUCAGGACAGUGGGAAGGACCUCUUCUGAGACGGUACAACCUCUCCUGUGACAGUACUAGUGACUACUUAAUGCAAAUGACUUUUUCCUUCCCGUGUGAAUUAAUAAUAAAGACGAAAAAACAACAAAAAAGCCAUAUUCAACCUCAUGGAUCUUGUUUACAUCUUAAGAAAUAUGACUGCAGCAUGAUCAGAAAAAUGAAGUGUUAAGAAUACAGCUGAGCUAUGGUUAAAUAAUAUCCAGGCAGUAAACAGCGGUGAAGUUACUAUUGUGUUGGCUCCGGUACAUGUAGUUGUGUUGGAGGAUUUUGUUGGGAAAAACAUAGACCUGCUGCUUUAUAAGUGCCAAAAAUCUGAGAUUUCUGCUAAAACUUUCAGGAGGAUAAGCCUUCAGUCCAAGCUGUUCCUUGAGUCAAGAAACUAUAUAUGAGCACUACAUUAUAACUGGAAUGUCAGUAAUAGAAAAAUUCUUCUAAAUCAUACUCGUUCAAAAACUAAGAAAUUCUGGCAUUGGCCAUCCGUAACUGUUUCUACAAAUCCUAGAAUGUCCUUUUAAUAAUGGCUGCUUAUCAUUUUGAAAACAAAAAUUGAAGCUUGGGUUAGGAGCAAUCAAAACUGAGCUCAGCAGAAUUACUUUAUGAUAUUAGUACUCUGCACAUAUUUACUUGCUGAGUUGUUGCAAGGGAAAAGCUCCAGAUUACCCGAGAGAGGUCUUGUGACUGUCUUGGUGAGCUGUGUAAAAUGUAAUGUGUAGUAAUAGUGUAAAAUGCUGCCAUUCACCUCAUCUUCUCAGAACAGCAAGACCCAUCUAGAGACCUGCCACUUGGCCUUUAUUUAUGUAAACAAAAUGUUGAAACACAAAUGGGAAGUUGAAGAAAUAUGUCUAAUUAAAAGUGAUGGAAAAUGUUGUGCUUAGCAAAAGAAAGUUGAGGGCCUGGCGUCAAAGGCCAAUGUUAUUAGUCAGCUUCCAAUGGGAAUCACUAUAUUGAUAAAUAAUGGUAUCUGCUAUAAGAGUUAGACAUGCAGGAAGUAGCCAUCAGACUUUGAAGACAAAAUGGUGGACUGGUACCAAAACAGCCUUCAAAAGCAGAACAAGAGUAAUACAGGCUCUUUGGAAAAGAGCAGAAGACUAAGAAAACACUUGCUCCCAAGACAAUCUACUGUAUGUAUUUUAUGCAUACCUGAGGACUUUGGCACAUCUUUGGAGCAAUGUCUUUGACAAAUUCUAGUAUUUCCAAACCUUUGAAAUGGCAUGUGUGGGUUGCAUGUUGCAAAGCUGGCUUUUGGCAGAUGCUUUUUUAAUGUAUUUGCUAUGCCUAGUCAGUGUGUAGGGCUGGUUAUUGUAGAUGUUUCUUUUUAAAGAUUUUAUUUUGCCAUGAAAAAUGCUAAAGAUAGUGUCCUGGAGACUACGUUCAGCUUGUCUGCAAGAGUGGUACUGUAUGGACAGUCGCUGUGAAAGUGAGUUAGCCUCUGAGCCCAGUCAGUGUUUAAUUGCUACUGAAAGACUGUCAUUAAAGGGUUCCAAUUUGUGCAAGGUGCGGCCGUGGUUUGGGGAGAGCUGAUUUGCUCUGUAUGGCCUGGACUGAGAUUACAAACUCAUUUCACACGGGCCAACAACCCUCUCUUGAUGGGAGCGAUUUUUCAGUCAUGCCUAACUUGACGAGAUUUCAUAUGGUGACUUGUAGAUGAAAGGCUCCAUAUGUCAUAACCAGAUCCAUGAGCAGAGCCAACCUGGAGGAUCAUUUUAAUUGUUUUUGAAGGAGCUGUAUAGAACCUGUCAUGAAGUUCUGAUACCUGAACACGUUGUGAUACGGAUUAAUGGCACAUACCCAUGAUGCCGUUCCUUUAGAUCAGAGGUGGGCAAACUACGGCCCGCGGGCCGACUGUUCUGCCCGUCCCUUGAGCUCCUGGCUGGGGAUGCUCACCCCAGCCUCUCCCCUGCUGUCCCC